UGGGGUGUUACUCAUAGUAGCGGUGGCCGAUCGAAGCACGCGCGUGCAUUCUCCACAUUACGUGUACACGGCUUACAAGAGAUCCAAGCAUGAGGGUAUUAUGUGUCAUUGGUGUUGCCCUGGUGGCGGCCGCGUGCGUCGAAGCCUACUCGAGCGGCGCACCCACUGACUCUUGCGUGGACAUGGUCCCUCAACAUCCAGUGCCCCCGCAGAAAUCUGCAGCCCCAUAUGUGAUUACCACCAGCACUAAGACCGUAAAAGCCGGCACUCCUAUGGAGGUGGUAAUCUCCGGCAAGGGUCCAUCGAACACCAUCAGAGGACUGCUGCUGCAGGCGCGCCACGGGGACAAGCCGGUGGGCACCUUCACAGUCGCACCCAACGACAACUUCGCGCAACUCCUCAACUGCGGCACUCCAGGAAAUGCCGUAACACACAAAAAACAUGAUGAGAAGCUCGACAAGCAGUCUGUUGCCUUCACCUGGACCCCUCCCGCCGGUUUCAACGACGAAAUUAAAUUCAGGGCCACCAUUGCCUACAACGGAGCUGUAUUCUGGGUUGGAGUAGAAUCAGCCCCAGUCAAGGUGACAAACUAGAGAGGCCCUUGGAUCUACACUGAAAAGUAUUAUUGAGAGAAUUUAUUAGAUUUUAAGUUAAAGUGUAACGAAAAAAAAGUGACCUGAAUGUAUAUAUAUCUAUCCUUUUUUCAUGUAAAAGCACUUCAAUAUUUAUAUUUUUGUACAAUUCGACAAUGCAACUUCUGUUAUCGUUUAAC